AUGGUUUCCAUACUCCUCAAAACCGUUGCUCUCCUUUCCCUCGUCGGCUUCUCAGUAGCUGACCUCCAUAAAUUCGGUAUUUGCGCAGAUCUCAAGGGAGACGGUUAUGUAUACAACAGCAAAGCUACUCAAGAUGCAUGCACUGCCUACAAGAACAGAAACACGGGUAACAAGCAAUGGGACAAAUGUCCAGACUGCUACAUGGACACAGUCGACAUUCCCCAUUGCCACACCAACGGAUGGCACAUGGGUGGUGACGAAUGGUCAUACUACUGCAAGCAAAAGGGAGCAGGCUUAUCCUUGGCAAACUAG